CGCGCUGAGCGCUCCCGUGCGCGCCGCGCGCCUCUUUACCAUACUCGGACCCACGUCACUGAAGGUGGAUCGUCGCGCGCAGCCUCGUGUAUAAAAGCCCCGCAUCCCGCUCCGAGCACCGACUCACCGGCUGACGGAGGAGCACCGACACAGGCUGCUCGGUUCGUGUGUCCGCGGACGGAAGUCGUUGAGACUUCGCUGAGGAGCCGCAGCAGCAGCUUUACGCGCCGGCACCGGACGCAGCUCUGACCGGGCGCAACACACGCGCCUUUACGCACACACACAGGUGGAUGCUGGGAAGCGGACCGGCUCGGAGGAGAGAUGUUACCCCUGGCCCAGUUCGGGGUGCUGUCGGCUCUGGCCGCCGCGCUCACCUCGGUCCUGUCCGCGCUCCUGCUGCUGGCUCUGACCCGGCAGCUGUGGAGCCUCCGCUGGAGCCUGACCCGGGACAAGGAGAGCAGCCUGCCGCUGCCGGAGGGCUCCAUGGGCUGGCCGCUGGUCGGGGAGACUUUCCACUGGCUGUUCCAGGGUUCAAAUUUCCACAUCUCACGCAGAGAGCGCCACGGCAACGUGUUUAAGACCCACCUGCUCGGGAAGCCCGUCAUCCGGGUGACGGGCGCCGAGAACAUACGUAAGAUCCUGCUGGGCGAGCACAGCCUGGUCUGCACCCAGUGGCCCCAGAGCACCCGCAUCAUCCUGGGGCCCAACACGCUGGUCAACUCCAUUGGAGACCUGCACAAGAGGAAGAGAAAGAUCCUGGCCAAAGUGUUUAGCCGGGGGGCUCUGGAGUCCUACCUGCCCCGGCUGCAGGACGUUGUCAAGUCUGAAAUUGCCAAGUGGUGCUCGGAGCCAGGCGCCGUUGACGUUUACAGUGCCGCCCGGUCCCUGACGUUCCGGAUUGCCGUCAGGGUUCUGCUGGGCCUGCAGCUGGAGGAGGAUCGGAUAGUUUACCUGGCACAAAUCUUCGAGCAACUCAUGAACAACCUGUUCUCGCUCCCCAUAGACGCUCCGCUCAGCGGGCUACGCAAGGGGAUAAAAGCCAGAGAAAUCCUACAUGCCAACAUGGAGAAAAUCAUUGAGGAGAAGAUGGAGCGGCAGCAGGUGGAGGAGGAACAUCUCGAUGCCUUCGACUACAUGCUGUCCAGUUCCAAAGAGCAGGAAUAUCAGUUGAGCAUCCAGGAGCUCAAGGAAACAGCCGUCGAGUUGAUCUUCGCCGCUCACUCCACGACAGCCAGCGCCUCCACCUCGCUGGUUCUGCAGCUUCUCCAUCAUCCAGCAGUGGUGGAGAGGGCCAGAGUGGAGCUGGAGGCCGAAGGCCUUGGCUAUGAAUCCCACAGCCGUCACAGUCCAUCCAGUGUCACCUCGGAGAAAGAGGAAGACAACUCCGAGACGAGCUGCCUGCUGAACGAACGCCACCAGAAUCAGCAGGACGAUGCGUUUCCACGGUCCCAGUCUCAUGUCCCGUAUCUGAGCCUCGACAAGCUGAGCCAGCUCCGCUACGUCGACUGUGUGGUCAAAGAGGUGCUCCGCUUCCUGCCACCGGUCUCCGGUGGUUACCGGACGGCCCUGCAGACGUUUGAGUUAGACGGCUACCAGAUCCCCAAAGGCUGGAGUGUAAUGUACAGCAUCCGAGACACCCAUGAGACUGCAGCGGUCUUCCAGAGCCCGGAGAUGUUUGACCCGGAUCGGUUUGGGCCGAACUGGGAGGAAAGUCGGUCAUCUCGGUUCAGCUACGUGCCGUUUGGUGGUGGCGUGCGGAGCUGCGUGGGGAAAGAAUUGGCGCAGAUCAUCCUAAAGACUCUGGCUGUGGAGCUGAUCGGGACUUGCAAAUGGACUCUGGCCACAGAGAACUUCCCCAAGAUGCAGACGGUGCCGAUCGUGCAUCCGGUAAACGGGCUGCAUGUGCAUUUCAUGUACAACUACCCGCUUUAGAUACAAACACAGACUGACAGACUCUGAGCCCAAGAAAGGAAACAGAACCACCUCACCGGGCCUGAUGGUGCAGUCCAGAUCCCCUUUCAUCAUGACGGACAUGAAGACAGGGUUUUCACCGCUGGUUUGGAGCACUUCAUCAUUUGGUCAGUGGUUUGGUCCAAACCCAAGAAACCGCUUUGUUGCCAUAGCAAAAGUUAAACACCUGAGACGUGAGCCUGCAGCGUUUUCAUCAUUUCUGGGUUUCGCUGUUGUUACAUGAAGUUAUUAAUGUAUCGAGGUGCAGUGAGACAAAUCUUUCAAACAAAAGUUGCAGGCCUCCUGCUGAGUUUCUAUCCAGAGUGGUUCAGGUACAAUAAAACCCACUCGCCUUCUGUUAACUUACUGAAAUAUAAAAACAGGAUGUGCAUCAGUGACACAGCUGGACACACGAGGGAAAGUCCUUCCACAAAGUCAUCUCAGCUCCAGGGACAGACUAACAAUGGUUUGGACAUUUUGUUGUGAUCCACAGUCACACAAAGUGGUUUACAGAAGAUAAAAUCCAUUCAGCUUUUAUAUAUUCAAAGACAGAUUUUUUGAAAACAAAGUCCAGCAGGUGCAGAAUCAAGUUGAUUUCCAAGCUCCCCGAAUUUGAACCCAUCCUUCAGACAUCUCUCUUUAUGUCAUUGAACCAGCGCCUCCCUUCCUGAACUGCCUGUAAGCUCCAUGUGACACUAAAGCCCAAAAAAUCAGUGAGAAGUUCUGCAAUGGAAACAUAUUUGAACACUUCUGGAAAAUGUUUCAGGACCCGUGUUGGAGCCCGGAGAGACUGGACUGUUUUUGGAACUUGCACUUGAUUUUAACAGCCCAAACAUCAGGGUCACACAUUCAUUCAGACUGUUGUAUUUUUAAUAUGAAUGUAAUAUAUAUCCUUAACAGUGCUAUUAUGUGUGUAUCAAAUGAAGUAGCAUUAUGAAUAAGCUGUAUUUAAAAUGCAGAUGUAUGAUUCCUAUUGAACUUUUACUUGUAAUUAUGAAUAGAUAGAGACACUAACCUGUAAUGUAAAGGACUGUCCAUAAAACCUUGUUUCACUGCUAGAACAUAGAAAUCUUUCACUGUUUAGAGCAGCCUAUAUUGAGAAUAACGUUAUUACUAUUGUUAUUAUCGGCCUAAUUUUAGGACAGUUUGAAGCCUAACAGACGCGCUGUGAAAUCUUACGUACGGAUGGAUUCGUGGAAGGAGAUAGCACUUUCUCCGCUUUAAGGAGUCUGUAUAUAUUUGUCCUGUUUAUGCAUUCACUGAGUGUAACAGAUGUAGCUGCUGUACAGUUGAUAUAAAGAGUAAAUUAGAAGAUGACAAACAAACAUGCUUGUCGUAUGUUGCUUUCAACACGGUCAGAGUUUUACCUAAAUGAGCAGGCCUGGUUAUGUACAACGGUCAGUCCUGCCUCCGACUCUUUGGUGAACUCUUCCCCAGAAAACAACCAUGGCCUGGGCAGUGAGAGCCGGGUAAGUCCCUCUGUUUAUCUAUGGAGGGUAUGUGAUGAAAUUUCAACACCAACAACAACAAUUCUCAUAUAUCUGGAAAGUCACCACGACCCGGUCAGUCCUCCCUGCCAACUCCUCCGUCAACUCUCCCCCAGAAAACAGCCUCCGUCUGGGCAGUGAGAGCCGGGUAAGUUCCUCUGCUGGUGAUGAUGAACUCUGCACAGUGAGUCAGGAUCUCCCUCCCAACACAAUCUGACAGCUUCCAGAAGACUGGAAACUCGGGGACGUUGUGGACGUU